UCUGAAUUAAAUUUUACUUAAUAUUACAUUUUGUGUUUCAUAGUAAAACAAAAUUAAAUUCCGACCCCCAUCGGGUGGAAUAAUCAGGACUCAGGAGCUCUUCCUUUCCUCCCUUACCCAAAUCUCUCUCUCUCUCUCUCUCUCUCUCUCUCUCUCUUCGGCCAUGGACGUGCUCUCAGUCUCAUCCACACUCUAUUCUCCCCUUCCCUCCACCAAACUCCUCCACUCCUCUCGCCCCAAACCCUUCUCCUACCACCUCCCUAUCUCAUCCCCCAAAACCUCCAUUUUCAAAUGUUUCCAAGCAACUGCCUCUCCCACCCCAAAACCCUCCUCCAACCCCCAUAAUUUCACCCCUUCUAUGCUACUAGCUUCCUCUCCUCAGGGCCCCGAUACCGCCAUGAGAGGCGCUGAGGCCGACGCCAUGGGGCUUCUUCUCAGAGAGAGGAUCGUCUUCUUGGGGAGUAGCAUUGACGACUUCGUUGCCGACGCCAUUAUCAGCCAGCUUCUCUUGUUGGACGCCAAGGAUUCUACUAAAGAUAUUAAACUCUUUAUUAACUCCACUGGUGGCUCUCUAAGUGCUACAAUGGCUAUCUACGAUGUUGUUCAGCUUGUCAGGGCUGACGUAUCCACAAUUGCACUUGGCAUUGCAGCAUCAACAGCUUCUGUUAUCCUUGCUGGGGGUACUAAAGGUAAACGCUUUGCAAUGCCGAACACUAGAAUAAUGAUUCAUCAACCUCUCGGAGGUGCUAGCGGACAGGCCAUAGAUGUGGAAAUCCAAGCCCGAGAAAUCAUGCAUAACAAAAAUAAUGUCACCAGUAUUAUUGCAAAUUGCACCGGUCGCUCUUUCGAACAAGUCCAGAAAGAUAUCGACAGGGAUCGCUACAUGUCUCCCAUAGAAGGAGUUGAAUAUGGAAUAUUAGAUGGAGUUAUUGAUAGAGACAGCAUUAUUCCUCUUGUGCCUGUACCAGAAAGGGUGAAGCCAAGACUAACUUAUGACGACAUCAGUAAAGAUGCAAGGAAAUUCUUGACUCCCGAUGUCCCGGAAGAUGAGAUUUAUUAAAGCUUUUGGUGUUGAUACAAGGGUACAUUAUUCAUAAACUUUCAUUUAAUGUGUUAGUUGCAUAAAACCUUAUGCCUCAGCCACAUAGUUUAGGAUCAAGAAUUUGUGGAAUGGAGUUAAGAAAGAGUUGUUUUUCCCCCCCAAA